UUUAAUGUUUAUAUUAUUUUAGUCUAAUAAUAUUAUUAUUAGUAAUAUGUCAACCAUCACAAGAUAUCAAAUUCAUCAAUUCAUAAGACAGCAUGGUUUAUCUAUGUCUAAUGAAAAAGACAAACUUUAUGUUUACAAUUUUAUUCGUGAAUACUGUUCUGAAUUUGAUGCUCAGUUUGUAACCUUUUUGUCCAAGCAUCGUAAACGUUGGUCUUUAAGUAAAAGAAUUGAUGAAAACUUUAUGAAACAUAAUUCAGUAUGGCUUCAAAAAGACUUUAUUAAGUCAUUUAAAAAUCAGGAUAAUAAAACUAAAUCUAUAGUUAGUGGUUGACCUGUAAAAUUAUUUGAUGAUUCAUCAAAUAAGACAAAGAGUCGUAAAGUAGCAGCUAUGGACUUAUUAACUUGUUCAUCAAAUGAACUGUUGUAUGCUAGUAGUUGUAAUCUUUUUAAAGAUAGCAGAAGAAAGGAUGCAAAAGUAGUUCGAAGUUUAUCUAUUAAGCAACCUUUUGAUACAGAACAUACUCAAAACACUCUAAAUGAAGCUCUAGCACUCAUAUUAGAUAUUGAUAUGAGCAAAUCUGAUUACCAACGCUUGAGAAAUAAUGCUUUGAGCAAAGGUUGUAAUCUCUAUCCUGCUUACAAUGAUGUUCGUGCUGCUAAAGAACAGUGUCUUCCUGAAAAAACAUUAUGGACUGUAAAUGAUUUUUCAGCAGAAAUAAACUUUCAAGCAUUAGUCGAUCAUACAGCAAUACGCCUAAUACAGUUGCAGAAACAAGUUAUUGAUUCAAUGAAUGAUCUUGAAAGGUUGACUUUAUAUUCUAAAGUUGGGUUUGAUGGAUCAACUAGCCAAAGGAUUUAUAAUCAAGUAACAGUUGAGAAAGAAAACAGAGAUCUUUUAGAAGAAGCUAGUUUGUUGAUUUCUUGUUUUGUUCCACUUCAGUUGUUUGGAUUCAUUAAUGAUAAAAAAAUAGUAAUUUGGUCUAAUCCACAUCCAUCUUCAACUUUAUAUUGCAGACCAAUAAGAUUUUCAUUUAAAAAAGAAACCAUUGAAGUUUUGAAACAAGAGAAUCAGUUUAUUAACAAUUCAAUUGCAAAAUUGUCUUUAACAUUUUGUGAAAACUUAACAAUACUUCAUAAAAUUGAAAUAACGAUGGUGGACGGCAAAGUUGCUACAGCAUUAUCUACAGCAACUACAUCUUCUCAGUGUUGUUCUGUUUGUGGAUGUAGCCCAAAAAAAAUGAAUGAUCUUAAUGCAGCUAAAAAUAUGCCAUUGACAGAGAUAGGUCUCUGCUUCGGUCUUUCAACUCUCCAUGCUUGGAUUAAAAGCAUGGAGUGUCUUCUUAAAAUUAGUUAUAAAUUGACAGUGAAAAAGUGGGCUACAAGAACUAUAUCUGAAAAGAAAAUUAUUCAAGAAUGAAAACAGAAAAUCCAGAUAAGGUUUUGUGAUGAAGUUGGACUGAUAAUUGAUAUGCCAACAUCUGGUGGCUCUGGGUCUUCAAAUAAUGGAAACACUGCUAGAAAAUUUUUUCAGAAUGCAGAGAAGUCUGCUCAAAUUCUUGAACUUGAUGUCAGUAUGAUAAAGAUGUUGCAUGUGAUUUUGUGUACAUUGUCAUCUAACUUUCUAAUUGAUUCUUCACUAUUUAGAGAAUACUGCUACAAAACAGCUGAGAAGUAUGUAAUCUUUUAUCCAUGGUAUCAUAUGCCACAGAGUCUGCAUCACAUUCUUAUUCAUGGUUGGCAAGUUGUAGAGAGAAUGGCUUUGCCUAUUGGCAUGCUCAGCGAAGAGGCACAAGAAGCUCAAAAUAAAAAUUUUAAGAAAUUUCGAGAAUCAUUUUCUAGAAAGUGUUCGCGUUCCAAAACAAACGAAGAUUUAUUAAGGCGACUAAUGUGUUCUUCUGACCCUUUGAUAAGUAGUUUGAGAAAACCCCAUCAUCCUAAGAAAAACGCUCUUCCAAAUGGAGUUUUUGAUCUUCUUAAAGAGGUUCCAAUUUUUGACUAAGUGUCAAUGACAUAGUUUUGAUUUUCGUUGGUGUUUAAGAUGGUGUUUACUUUAUAAGUAUUUAAUAUUUACAUAAUAAAAUAAUGAAUAUAAAAGUUUGUUUUCUUAUAUAUUCGUUAUAAAAUUUUUUGUAUCUCUAAUUGCAUAAAAACUUGCUUAUUUUUAUAUGGUUGCUAAGGGUAUCUAAACUACACAGUUAAAAUUUAAUUAACUGUUCCUGUAAACCUUUAUAGUUAAGAGUGUUUUAAAAGUUUUUAUUUCAUUUUUUAAAGAAAUUUUGAAUUAAGAAAAAGUUUCAAAAAAAAUUACCAACUGGUUUCUAAGAGCACAUAACAGCAUAGUAACACCAAAAAUUGAUAAUUUUUUGUUUGUGUUAUCAUUCAAAUACAUAAAAUAGCAAUGUAGCAUUAAUAUCAGUUUAGUUUAUAACUUUGAUAUUUUGAGAAAGUCUUUUUAUUUAGGUAACUAUGCAAAAUGCCUGUUGACAUGAAAUAUAGGUAUCCAUGGCAACCAAAUAAACAAUCUAAUGGUGCCAUUAGAUUUGUUAUAUGAAAUAUACUCAAGCUGCUAAUUAUGGGAAAAACCUGAUAAAUAUUUUAAAAGUUAUUAAUUUUGUCCAGCUAAUAAUGAUUUUGGCCCACUGCGAAAAAAAAUCAGAAAAAUUACCAAAAUUGCUUAAUCUGCGCAUGCUUAUCGACGAAAAAAUUCGUUUCGCGCGAAUAUUUUGUCUUGUGGAAAACGGCCUUAAAGAAGAAAAACGAAGAUUGAAGAGUGAAAGAUAGAAGUAGUCGAGUUAGAAAGAUAGCAUAGAGAAACUGGACAAGAUUGCACACGAUAUUGGAAGAUUUUUAAAGCAAUACAAGAUUGAAUUUAGCAUAAGGCUAAAUUUCUGCUUUGGAGACAAAAAAGGAAGACAGCGAAAAUGACCAGUCAAAAUAAAGAUUGAAGAGACAAAAAAUUGUGUAUAUCUUGGUGUAGAUGAUUUAUCCUCAUUUUCUUAUAAUAAAACAAAAAAUAUUAUUAAACUUAUGGAUUUACUUGUAACUCCAAAAUCUUUACAGAAGUUUAAUGUUUGCUCUGAGAAGUUGAAUGAACAAAAUUAUUAAAUGUGUUCAUUCUUAGUCGUCAUUGAAGUACAACUUGGUAAACUA